AAAAUAGCCGAAGGACAGCACCCAGGCCACGGAGCCCCAAGGGCACGGACCGGAAGUGGAAGUGUGCAAUGAAUCUUCUUCCGGGCAGACGCGGGGCGGGAAGCAGAGGUUCCGGAUCUGGGCACUGGCAUGAAAGGAGGUAACGCAGGUAAGAAAGACCCGCAGGUGGGGAAACCGUGAGGUGUACGUAGCCCUUGCUCGGUACAGCGGAGGCCGAAGAGAAGAAGCAGCAGCAAAGAAUCGGACAGAUAGCUGGCAGAGAGAGAAGUUGGCUACCAUGGAGUCACCAGAGGAGCCUGGAGCAUCCAUGGAUGAAAACUACUUUGUGAACUAUACUUUCAAAGACCGCUCCCACUCAGGCCGAGUGGCUCAGGGCAUCAUGAAACUGUGUUUGGAGGAGGAGCUCUUUGCUGACGUCACCAUUUCAGUGGAAGGCCGAGAGUUUCAGCUCCACCGGCUGGUCCUGUCAGCUCAGAGCUGCUUCUUCCGAUCCAUGUUCACUUCCAACCUGAAAGAGGCUCACAACCGGGUGAUCGUGCUGCAGGAUGUCAGUGAGUCUGUUUUCCAGCUCCUGGUUGAUUAUAUAUACCAUGGGACUGUGAAACUUCGAGCUGAUGAGCUGCAGGAAAUUUACGAGGUGUCAGACAUGUAUCAGCUGACAUCUCUCUUUGAGGAAUGUUCUCGGUUUUUGGCACGCACAGUACAAGUGGGGAACUGCCUUCAGGUGAUGUGGCUUGCAGACAGGCACAGUGACCCUGAGCUCUACACUGCUGCCAAGCACUGUGCCAAGACCCACCUGGCCCAGCUGCAGAGCACAGAGGAGUUUCUCCACCUGCCCCACCACCUACUCACUGAUAUCAUCUCAGAUGGUGUUCCAUGUUCCCAGAACCCAACAGAGGCAAUAGAAGCCUGGAUCAAUUUUAAUAAAGAAGAAAGAGAGACUUUUGCAGAGUCACUCAGGACUAGCUUGAAGGAAAUUGGGGAGAAUGUGCACAUUUACCUUAUUGGGAAAGAGUCAUCUCGCACCCACUCAUUGGCUGUGUCCUUACACUGUGCAGAAGAUGACUCCAUCAGUGUAAGUGGCCAAAACAGCUUGUGCCACCAAAUCACUGCAGCCUGCAAGCAUGGUGGAGACUUGUAUGUAGUGGGAGGGUCCAUACCACGGCGCAUGUGGAAAUGCAACAAUGCCACCGUUGACUGGGAGUGGUGUGCUCCUUUGCCCCGGGACCGCCUCCAGCAUACCCUGGUAUCCGUGCCUGGGAAAGACGCCAUCUAUUCCCUGGGUGGCAAGACACUACAGGAUACCCUUUCCAACGCAGUCAUCUACUAUCGGGUAGGUGAUAAUGUGUGGACAGAGACAACUCAGUUAGAGGUGGCUGUAUCUGGGGCUGCUGGUGCCAACCUCAAUGGAAUCAUCUACUUACUAGGGGGCGAGGAGAAUGACCUAGACUUCUUUACCAAACCUUCCCGACUUAUCCAGUGCUUUGACACAGAGACUGACAAGUGCCACGUGAAGCCCUAUGUGCUGCCCUUUGCAGGCCGCAUGCAUGCAGCUGUGCAUAAAGAUCUGGUGUUCAUUGUGGCUGAGGGGGACUCUCUGGUGUGCUAUAAUCCCCUUUUAGACAGCUUCACCCGGCUCUGUCUUCCUGAGGCCUGGAGCUCUGCCCCAUCCCUCUGGAAGAUUGCUAGCUGUAAUGGAAGCAUCUACGUCUUCAGGGAUCGAUAUAAGAAGGGAGAUGCCAACACCUAUAAGCUCGACCCUGCUACUUCAGCUGUAACUGUCACAAGAGGCAUUAAGGUGCUGCUUACCAAUUUGCAAUUUGUGUUGGCCUGAGAGACAGUGAUGGGAGGAACAGCUGACUCCUUGGCCCUCCCCUUUUCUGUGAUCCCCAGUCAAAUCUGAAAUUCCCCCAGUUCAGAGUAAUGUGUUAGUUUGGGUAUUCAUGAGGAAGGCAGCGCCUCAGCCCACCCCAGGCUCGUGGGUUUCUCUGUUUAGGGCUUUUCACACUGCUGCUGCUCAGGUGGCUGCUGGAACUCUGCCCUUAUCCCCUGUGACCCCGUGCCUCACUUCAGGCUGCUUAGAGCAGCAUCUUCUCAGACCUAGGCACAGCCUCCCCUUACCAGAUCAGUGUUAAUAGAAGCACCUUGGUUCCCAUGCAGAAAGAAAGGCCCAUUCCUUUUUGUCCACAGCCAGCAACGGGGCUAGUUGUCACUUUCCCAUAAAGAAUUAAGUAUUAAGAGUUUUCCUUCAGGAUUUGGAGGGGACAGCAGACUAAGCUAGAAAUGUCCUUCACCAGCAAGAAUCAACACUAGAAUUCAGGAUACUCCUUCUAAUGUUUUCUCAUCUAUCUGUCAGGAAAAGACACUUUGGUUGGAUUUUUGGCUUAUACAAACAGAUAAGCCAGAAAAGUAGAAACAAUUAUUUCUGAUUAAUAGCAGAAACUGUUUUCCAGACUCAAAUAUAUACAAUCUCUGGUCUUUUAAAAACUCUAAGCUAAAUCAAGCACUAGGUACUGUUCGUACAAAUAAAAGUUUUUGAAGCGG